CCAUUAAUCGCCCGAAAUCGACAUAGCUUAACUAGCAGCUUGUAGCAAGAACCUGCAACAAGUGAACUGAAAACAUAUAUAGCUAGCGGUAGGAAGGAUGACUGGGGUGUGGGUGUUUGAGGACGGCAUCCUGAGGCGGGCGGAGAGCGAGGCUCCUGGGAGCAGCCGGGCAGCACGGCCGGGGAAGGUGCUGGUGCAUGUGCCGAGCAGCGAGGUUGUGACCUCGUACGACGUCCUGGAGCGGCGUCUCGGGGAGCUCGGGUGGGAGCGCUACCUCAACGACCCUUGCCUUCUGCAGUUCCACCAGCGCUCCACGGUGCACCUCAUCUCCGUGCCCCGCGACUUCGCCCGCAUCAAGCUCGUCCAUAUGUACGACAUCGUCGUCAAGACCCGCAACAUCUUCCAGGUCCGCGACGCCUAGACAUGGACUGCCUGCGCCUUUCUAUAUGUGCCCAGAUCGACGGGACGAUGGCAAUAUGCCAAGAUAUAUCGUCGUACGGGCCAACCGUAUGUAGGUAUUGUAUGUGUGUGAAUUCAAAUUAAGCUGGUGUGCUUAUAUUUUGUAUGGUAUUCGAUCCCUCUGUUCCAUAAUUCUUGUCUCAAAUUUGAUCAAAUAUGAAGGUAUCUAUUUUUAAAAA